AUGGAUCUUGCCUGUGAAUCCCAAGUUCUUGCCCUGUUGUCCGUGCAGCAGCCACUCGGCCCCGCGGCUUCAGUGGAUCUCCUACUGCAUAGUUUGCAAGGGGUGCUUCGCAGGGGUCCAUGCAUGUCUGUCGUGGCUCGUCCACGUUGUCCAACGUAUGGAGUGCUUCUCGAGGUUGAAGAUGAGAACCGCUCGAAGCAGUGCGGUCUGCCUGCGCUAAGUCUGACGGAUGGUGGAUGGCUUUGGCUCCAAGCUAGAUCGUCGCCCACAGUGUCGCCUGCGCUUUCCAGCGCCUCCACCGCUGACGGUGAGGCGUCCCCCGACCUCCCGCCCCUGUCAGCGCCCACACUGCCCGAGCGCGUCCUCGGGCUGUUGAGGACCCCGCCGGACAGCCGCGCAGAGUCGGAGGACGACGUCGCUACCGAGUACGUUGCCAACCAGUGGGGCUCGCCGUAUCCGCCACACCUUAGGAACAGCCGGAGUAUAAGUAGCGACGCCUCUGGAGACUCGCCGCUCCAUCGUCUGGAGCUUCAGACCCCUUACCUCCGGCCUGCUCCUACCAUACCGGAGGAGACCCAACCAGAGGUCCGCUUACCGGAGAUCAGCGCGGCCGCCACUGUCCUCGCGAACCGGGCCAGGCGUGUCGCGAACGGCAUCACCGAGGGUUGGAUCCGCCAGCAUACUGCUGGAGGCACCGUCGAGCAAGAGAGACGGCACUGGUUCAGCGACGGAGAUAGUGAGAACUCUUCAUUGAGCGGCUCAUUUUCCGAGGAAGCUGCCUGGUUGGACGACGACACCGUACGAACCCCCAAGGCAAACCGCACAAAAUCGGGUGAUAGGAGUAGGCAAACUUCUCGGGGCGGACUGGGGAAGCAGUCUAGCAACGAGACACUCAGGCAAUCGCACCUGAGCCGCAAAAAAGACACCACGACCAACAAGAUGGCAUCGUCGGACGACAUGGCGACACCCGACAGCAUAGGGGAUUUUGGACCAUUUUGCAAACCAAUGGAGAGAUCUCACACACCGACAAGCGACCGCAAUGCGACAGGACCAAAUAUUGCUGGUGGCAUCCCCAACACUGUGCCUCUUACCCCACCAAGAGCCGUCGUCAAGCGGUCCGCGGCGACGCCGCGGUUAAAGAAGAGGAUACCCUGGAAAGGCAAAAAUAUUCUAGUUCUUCUUCCGAGGGAUAAUGAGCGUGGUCAGCCGGGCAAAAGCCCCGUUCCCCUGACCGAGGCCAACGUUUCCGGUAUGCUCCGGAGCUGGCAGGAACUCGGCUACGACAUCGACGGAUUCGAUUUGUACGAGCCGGCUGCAGAGGUGGAAGCGAAGGAACAGUCACAGAGUAGGGGUGCCUGGCCAGAUCCCGAGGACUUGAUAAAAGAGCAGAAGAGCCGUGACUGGACAGUGCUUCUUCCGGACCUAAACGCGUGGAAACGCACCCCGGUCAUCCCCGGCUUUCCCUUCCCUGGCCACUUCGUCACAUCCGCCUCCCAGAGCCCUGGUAUCCCGGCUGGCGCUUCGCCUGGACCGUUUGGCUCCAAAUUCAACCCCCGCGCAUCGAUUUCUGUUCAUUCACCGCAUGGGUGGUCUCCGCAAAUGAUGCUACAACACGGCCACCGUGGUGGCUCGCCCUCGCUGGCUAACCUCGGUGCGAUGAUGUCGCCCCCUUCACCUUUCUCUCCCGAUGGAAUGCCAGGGCAUCAUCGUCACCAGUCACUGCAAUUUCCGACGUUGCCUCAUCAGUUCCAACCACCGGUUAGAGCUUCGCCUCGCCUCCAAGACCUUCGUGAGGUGGAAGAAGAACCAGCACCCGAGGUUCCGGUACCAAAGAGUCCCAAGCAGCGCUUUGUCCACCACAAUGCCAGCGAUAGCCUGCAGAAGGAGAUCGACGAAGCAGAGUAUCACCUGGAGGAACAAAUGCGGUCACAGCUCGACAACGACGUGGACUACAGCCCCCACAAUGACAGUGACAAGCCAGAGGCAGGUCCGGUUGCCUCUACGGUUGGUCAUACGGGAGAGCAAUUGGGCCAGUUCACGCCUCAGCCUCAUCGAUUCCCCGGGAAGGCGGAUGGCCCGAUACUGCAUCAUCCCCGGCCCCAUAGCCGCGGGCAUUCGCUAUCCCAGAAAUAUUUCACUGAAGACGACGCUUCUACCCAGGGAACUUUCAGGCCCACCCUCCAGCAGAUCACCGCGCAGCCGGCCGAGGAAGAUGAGAUCGAGACGAACCCAAGUAAUUUGGGCACACCUGUGCAGACCUUGGAGUUCUCCAAGCUUGCCCAGCACCAGCGUGGCUUCUCCACUGCUAGCAACCCCUGGACCGAAAACGAGUCUGGCAAGUCGACCAAUGGCCACCGAGCGCGCCCCAGCCAUGGCAGCGUUUCCUCCUUUUCAAAACUCAAUGUCGACGCUCCUGAAUUCAAGUUCAACCCCACGAGCACCUUCAAGCCCGGCGCAUUCAGUUUCUCAAACAAUUCCUUCCAGCCCACGGUGUUCAAUACGAGCGUGAAUCAAACCAACUUGAACCAGCCCAGCCUACCAACGGCUGGUUCCUCCAAGAUCAACGCAAACGCGCCUGUCUUCUCCCCCCGCCAAAGCGAGUUCAGCUUCUCGGCUUCUGGUCCCAAGUUUCGCCCGGAUGCUCCUUCUUUCACACCAAGAUCAAUGCCUGCGUCCGUCGCGAGCCCGGUUAUGUCGGGGGCUGAGAGUGGUAGCAACCGGAACAGCUCCAUCUUUGGCGCCAUUGAUCUAAGCGGGGCGGCUCAUGGCAAGUCAGUGAAGAACAACGACGUGGCCUCGAUCACACAACUAGAACGCCAGGAAUCGCCCGCUGUUAAUGGUGUGCGGUACGACUCUGAUGGCCGCCCUCUGUUUGAUGAGUCUCGCGUCAAGAGGACCUGGGAAAAAGCCGUCGACGGUGAUGAUGUGCCGCUGUUUGCGGAACCCACCAAGGACGACACGCCUGUGCCCGAGCCGCACCUGGAUACAAUGGAAGACAAGUCGUUUGAUGAGUCCAACCUGGGGCUCAAUGACAUGACAAUGUCGUCAACCAUGGCCUCCGAGACGACGGAUACGAAGGCCACCGUUAGCCCUUCUGAGCCCUCGCCGGACCAUGCCACAUUGAAAUGGGCACCUUUCGAGUUCAAGAACAACACUGACAUGCAAGCCUUCAACGACGCAAGGCCGUUCGAUCCCGAGGCAUUCAAGCCUGGCCACAAGAAGUCCCUCUCUGCCACGGCCAAGGAUUUUAUACCCGGUGCGGCAGUCUGGGCAGCUCCUACCGAACAGACCACCGAUACUGUUUCUGACAAGAAUGUCGAUCAAAUUACCGACGCGUCUGCUUCUCCGGAAACAGAUGCGACGGUCAACAUUGAACCAGCAGUAGCCGCUAAGGAGGAGUCGCUGACCCCAGAGGAACAAGUGGCGGAAUCCGUUGAGAAGCCGGUGGAAGAACAAGUCCUGUCCGAUCCUGUUCCCCCACCCACGGCCGCUCCCCAACCGCCCGCUGCUGCCGAGAACAUCGCUGCUUCUGAUGAUGCACAAGCAUCACCUCCCCAGCCGCCGAAGCGUAGCGGCCUCGCCGCUUCCCGCUUCGCUGCUCCUACAUCGCCGACGGAAGAAGACGAGCCGGCCGUUGUUGAACGCGCCGUCUCGCCUCCCAUCUCUGAGAAGCUGCUUACUCCGUCAACUGUCGAACGUGACGAACCUGCGGUAGGCGAUCUAAUCGCUGAGCAGUCUAUGGCUGAUAUCGACGAGGUAAUGCGUCUCAUGAAUGACGACCCGGACAUGGGUGUCAACAGGACAUAUGACGAUCAGUCACCAUGGCACGAGGCGAGUCCGAUCCGCCCGUCUGCUCUUGUUACGGACUCGUCACCUACCCGCCUACCUCCUCCGAGUUACGAGCGCAGUGAUGCUCCAAGUCCUAGCCAAGCUGGCUAUCCUCAUUCACCGGCACUCGACCUGGAAGACCCCUUCAUCGACCCCUCCCGCAGCGGCCAGUCAGCUGAGGGCGCCGUCCACCGUCUCAAUGGUAGCGAGAGCCUACCAGCUAGUGACUGGGAAGGCGUCUUUAGCGAGUCAGAGCAAACCAAGCUGGAGUCGCGCGUCGCCUUUUUCGACGGUCGUGUUAAUGAGCUUGUCGGUGGCCUGCUCGCUGCCCGUCUUGGGCCGCUUGAGCGGACGCUGGACAGCAUCAACCACGUUUUGUCGAGGCGGGCGCCAUCCAUCCGCCGUGAACGAGGCAGCUUCUCUGUGGAAGUUCGCGAGAGUGAUGCUGAUGAUGAGGAUGAUGAGAUGCCCGGCCCCCCUCGCUCCAUGAGCCCGCGUCGGGACCGCAAGAUGGACCAGAUUCGUGCUGUCAUUCUGGAUGUCCUUGCCUCGCAGCGGCGGAAUCAGCUGGCCGAGUCGUCGUCGCCACUUGACAACUCCUUUGUCCUGAAGGCAAUCGAAGAAAUGAAGGAGCACCUGGGCCAGUCGCUUCAACCUGCGUUCCGCAGCGAGGACUUCAAGACUAUUGUUGAGGAUGCCGUGGAGCGCCGCUUGCCACCCCUAUCCCCUGCCACGGGUAAGGAUGAGCAGGUGAACGAGCUCCAGGCCCGCGUUGCUGAGCUCGAACAGCGGCUCCGCGCCGAGGAGACCAAGGCCGAAGCCGAGGUUUCCGCCAGGCGCGCUGCUGAAGAUCGGGCGGCAGAGGCUGGUCGUGAACUCCAAUCUGUGGCUACCAGGAUCGAGGUCGAGAUGAUAAACAAGAGUGCCUUGAACCAGCGCAUUGCCGACCUUGAAGAUCGGGUGCAGCACGCGGAGACCGACGCAGAAGAACAGGUCAAGGGCAGACGGGCGGCCGAGGACCGGCUUUCUGAGGUGCAGCGCCUGCUUCGGAUAGCGACCGAGGAGGAGACACGGCUUAGAGAUCUGGUCGACGAGAAGGACGAGAAGAUCAAGGCGGCCGAGGCUCUCCACAGCCAGAGUGCCAUACGUCUCACCGUCUUGGAGGCCAGCCAGGCCACUGCUCAUCAGUCUCAGGGUGAAGCGCAGAACCGCAUUAAUGCCCUCGAGGCUGAUGCCCGCGAGGCACGCAAGGAAGCCCAGCAUUGGCGCUCUGAGACUGACCGCAUCGGCGCCAUCAUUCGACGUGGUGACAAGGAUCUUGCGCACGCCCUCGACGAGAACAAGGCCAUGCACAAGCUCAUCGACACUCUGGGCACCCAGCUGCAGGAGAAUGAGCGUAUACGUGAUACCUGGCGCACCAAGUUUAUCUCUAUGCAAGACGAGAUGGCCCAAGCGACGAGGGAGAUCACCGAGGAGAACGCUCGCCGUACCAAGAAGGAACAGGCGCUGCUUGCACGACAAGAGGUUCUCGAUGCCAGGCUACAAGCCGAGGCAAGGACGCGCGAGCGUAUCGAGACGGAACUCGAGAGGUUGGAGAUGGGUGAGCGCCAAGGCAUGCGGGCUGUCUCCGAGUGUAAGAGGCUCGAGGGCCUCCUCGCAGAGCUGCGCACCGAGAACCACAAGCUCCACCAGAGCUCUCUCCGCUACCAGGCCGAGUUCCAGGAGGCCAGAGAAUCUGGUGCUCGCGAGGUUCAGCGCACGCGUGACGCGAUGCAGGCCGAGGUGGAGAAUGCCAACCACCAGGUCAACGUCGCCCGUGAGGAGCUCGAGGACCAGGUGUCGAGACUCAGGUCCCAGCUCGAUCAGGUCAAGUUGGAUGCUGACACGGCCAAGGCUCGCCACGAUAUGCUGCUGGAGGAAGCGCAGAACUCAAAGCAGACGAACCACGACGAACUGGUGCGCAAGCAUCAAAAUGAGAUCGAGGACCUACAGGCACGCUACGAACGCCAACUCAACAACACGACGGAGGACGCGCACAGGGCCGAGCAGAACCUUUUGGAACGCCUCAGCAUCUCGACGUCCAAGUCGGAACAUCUGCAGGACAAAGUGGCGCAUUUGCAGGAGAAGCUGGAAAUUGCCCAGGAAGCUGCCCGAGCUGCCGCCCUGGCUGCAAAGUCGGCCUCCGGGCCCGAGGCUAUCAUUUCUCAACAAAAGCCUGCCGUCUCCGUCACGUCUGCUGCUCCUAUUGCUGCACGUCAGCUCGACCUUCCUGAGAGGAUCUCACCGCAAGCUCUGCGCGAGUCCAUCAUGGUGCUGCAAGAGCAGCUGCAAGAACGCGAGCAGACGAUCGAGGCGCUGGAAUCCAAGCUUUCCACGGUGGAUCCAGAGGCGGAGACCAAGAUUUCGAAGCGCGAUGACGAGAUUAUCUGGCUGCGCGAACUUCUUGCUGUCAGACACUCGGAUCUCCAGGACAUUAUCGGCGCCCUGAGCCGAGACGACUACGACAAGAACGCGGUCAAGGAUGCAGCCAUCCGUCUCAAGGCGAACCUCCAGAUGGAGGAACAGGAACGCGAGCGGGCGAUGAACGGCGGGUCAUCCAUCAAGCUGCCCAACAUCGCAGCCACGAUUCAGGCGGCAACGCCUCGUGUCGCUCAGGCGGUCGGUCCUUUGGCCGCAGCAUGGGGUAACUGGCGGAAGGCGCGCGACCUCGGCAGCGCCCUGUCAACCCCUGCUCCCGCCAACGGACGGAACACGAACUCGACGCCAUCGCGCGCCAGCCCCGCCUCGAGCAACCUGCUCGGCGGACUCCUGACGCCCCCGGCAUCGCACGUGAACCAGACCCCGACGGCCCGAUCCAAGCAACAGCAGCAGCAGCCGACUGCCUUCUCCAGCACCGGCCGCCGGUUCACCGCGCAGGACCUUGCCAACAGGCCCAGGCCUCCCCCGUCGUCGGCUUCCCCCUCGCUCUCGGAUUCCUCCAAGGGCAAGGCCCCGGCGGUGCAGGAGACGCCGCGCCGGCGCCCGCUCGCCGACCCCGUCACGCCUCCCAUGAUGCGCUCGAGCGCGUACGACGAUGAUGCCCAAGCUGAGGACUUUGACGAUACUGGUUUUUUUGAGGAGGACUGA